UUUUUGGUUCUUUUUCCCAAUGAUUACGUUUGAUAUUUUCUUUUAUUUUUCUUUUCAAUUUAGUUUUCCUUGUGAUUUUCUUUAAUUAUUUUCAUCUAAUUUUAAUUUUCUAUUAAUUCCAAAGGUUGAUUGAUUUUCUUUCGCCUCUAAUUGUUUACAAUCGAAGGGAUUUUUACCUGAUUAAGAAAAUCCUGACAAUGGGUUUUUUAUACUCUUGUUUUGUGCUACUCUUUUGCUGAUCUUUCUCACUUUUGCCUUUUAAUUGUUACUAAUUGUUGAUUAUAUUCACUGGUAGUUAUUACCUGUAACUUGAAGUGAUUGCUUAUUCUAUACAAUUUAACCAGAGUAAAUUCUAUCCUGGUUUACUCGGACAAUCAAAUCUUCGGCCUUUGUUUUCUCAUCUCUUGACUUGUUUACAUUGGAAUUGUCAUUUUGUUUUGAUUGUCUCAUUAAUCCCAGUGAUUUACCGAUUAUUGGAACUGAUUAGUGAAAAGAUUGACCAUUAAAUCAUCAUUCGUCAUCGAACCUAUUGAUUGGCUUUUGUGGUCUUGUGUCUAUUUCUGGUUUAUAAGAUUGAAGAUCAACAGAAUCGGAAUAUUGUUCAAAUUGUGACUGAAAACUCAAACUAAUUGCUGAUUAAUCACCUGAAGUGAAUUAGAAAUUCAUUGUGAUAAUGUUUACUUGUCAAGAAAUUAAAUCAUCUCAACCAUAAUCUAAUACUCACCAACUGAUUAACCAUUGAAAGGAUUGAUUGAUUGUAUGAAGUGCCUAAUUGUCAACCUUUUGGAAAGGUUUUUAUCACCUUAAUUGUACAAUCUCAGAUUCUAUCGCUAAUUUAACUAAAUUUUUCCAUUGAUUGUGAUUGUCAAGGACCGAAUUGAUUCCUAACGAUAACCAUGAACGUCUCAACCUUCAUCAAUCGCUAUCAAUACACUCCACCCACUGAGCUUUAUCAUUUGUCUAUUGUUUACAUUUUAUCACAUUUUCUGGUUCUAUCAAUUCUUACCUGUUUCCCGAUACUCGAUUCAUCAAAAUAUUUCUACAAGCGGGUAUUCAUUGAAUCAACGGCCUUGGCGAUGCCGUUCCUGUUAAGUGUAACUUUGCUCCAAUCGAUUAAUACAAUUAUACCUUAUAUACUAUUGGUCCUAUCGAUGCAUUUACUUUUAUCGUAUUCUAGAGUUUAUGUCGUCCUUAAAUGGCCUGAGAUCGUUUUUCAUUCCAAACCAAUGCCGGUGAAAUUACCUUUCAUUACGAAUCUAUUUUCAAAUGUUAUUCUAACUGUGAGCAUCGUUAUACUAGCGGUUGAUUUUCAAAUUUUUCCUGAUCGAUUGGCGAAGAGUAAAAUUUAUGGAUGGACUUUGAUGGACACGGGAGUCUCUUAUUUCGUGGGCUUAAACGGUCUACUAGCAAUUGAAUCUCGACAAGGAACCUCAACACCUUAUAACUCACCGACUUCAUCUACUUCCUCCAAUUCUCAAUCUAUUUCAAUUUUGAAAAUUCUGUCACCAUCACUUCCCCUGUUCGCUCUUGGAUUCAUAAGAAUGCUAUUGAUUAAACUUACAGGUUAUCAUCAAGAGAUAACUGAAUAUGGUGUAAACUGGAAUUUCUUCAUCGUUCUUGGACUAACACGAAUCAUCUCUUCCGGAAUAAUUUAUUUCUACUCGUCAUUAUCUUGGAAAACACCGAUAAUCAUUGCUCUCUGUCAUCAGCUCUCUCUUUCACUAGGCAUCGGCUCGUUCAUAUUCAAUUCCAAUCGCUCAGGUUACAUUGCCGCUAAUAAGGAAGGAAUAUUUUCCCUGCCUGGUUAUAUUUCCAUCUAUUUAUUUAUGAUCUGCGUUUCUCAUAUUCUCUAUGAUAAAAGGCAUCGACGAUCAAAUUUGGAUAAUAUUCUCAUCUCAUUAGACUUGCUGUUGAUCGCAAGUUUCUUAGCAAGUGUCGGUACUUUCUCUCAUUUUUAUAUCGAACCAAUAAGUCGACGAGAAUGUAACCUCGCCUUUAUCUGUGCCACAAUCGCUUUAAUUUUAUUAAUCACUGUCACCGAACUGUGGAUAACAAUAUUGAUUGAUGUUCUUCAAUAUUUUGGCUACAUGAAAAAACCGCCGCUGGUCAAAAGUUUACUCAACGAAGCGAUCGCUCGUAACGGUUUGGUCAUCUUCCUAUUCGCCAACCUAUUAACGGGCCUAAUCAAUAUGACCUUAAAACCCAAAAACAGAGGACCAAUUGUGGCCACAAUUUGUCUUAUUUUUUACUCUUACUGUUUAUGCUUUUUUGCGAUUUUCUGUCGAUCCAGUAGAUUCAAUCCAAGAUUAUUAUUUAGCUUCAAUUCACGAGCUCGGUACUUGUAAUCAAAUCAAAAUCCAAUCAAGUGCAAUAUCCAAAUUAUGAAACAAGUAAUUCAUUUGAUUACUAUUCAGUUGACAUUGGAAUCUAAUAUGAUUGAUUUAGUUUCACCAACCAAGUAAACAAAAUGCUAAUUAACUUUUACCUGGUCUUUAUAUCUGAUUGGAUAACGAGAAGGAAGCAAAAAAAUUCCCACUUAAUGACCGGUUGCAGUUGUAAUUACAAUUGAAUCGCUAAUUUAUCAUUCUAAUUGUAUUUUGUUGUUUAGUAAACAUUCACACAAACUAAAACAAUCAAGCAAAUUGAAAAAAAGGAUAAUUAUCAUUCGUACAUAAACAAUUAACUUGAACUAAAAGUUUCUACGGUUAUGUAAGAAAAGCAAAGAAACCGGAAUCAUUGGUGAAUCUAAAAUGAUUAUUACAGCCAAUUAGUUAAUCAACUGAACAAGAUUCAAAUUUAUGGUAAUGGUAUUCAUGAUAUGGGCCAUCGGAAUCCAGAUCUUAUGUCCAUUUGAAAUCAUUUCCUAUUCUCGGACACUCAUUUGUGGUUACAUGUAAAUCUGUCAGCAAUCAAUUGGAUCUCUAACUAAACAAUUAAAUCAAUUACCUUGAUUUGUUUUCUUAUUCAUCAUCAUUAUGUAUUCUACUCUCUCUCUCUCUCUCUCUCUCUCUCUCUCUCUCUCUCUGGGGUAGAUGAGAGGAUAGAAGAUUCUAAAUAUGCAUAUUCUAUUCUAAUUCUACCUACACUCAAUUUCCGAAGGAAAAUUAAAAAUUCGAAUUCGAAUGUUAUUCAAAUUUCGAUGCUAACUGUCAAUUAUCUGGCCACAAGUAAAUUCCAGAGGCAUACGGGUUCUAAUCUGUUCACCAUCAAUUCCCAAUUAAUCGUAAUCAUCCUCAUCUCGAUACCUUGAAACUUUUGGACGAAAACGAAAACAAGAUUAACUUAAAUUGUAACAAAUUACUUUUCUCGGUAAUUGAUUUAAACGUUGGAGAUAAACAUUUGAUUUGAAACGAAAAUAACAAGACAAAGUCACAGUUUUUUUUU